AAGGUUCAAUUGUUAGUCAACCGUCGCGAGAAACGGUCGCGCGUGAUAAGGCUCGCACGAUAGAAGCGCGUGCCUCGUUUCGCGAUCGGUGCGUGCACUCCGAGAUUCGUGGUUAGCGACCACCGUGCCAAACGGAGAGGAUUUUUCGUUCGGAGAUGCGUGCCUCUAAACGCGAUAGUGACGCGGUGAUUCGUUCACCGUUGGCUCGUCGCCGCGAGUAAACGUAGCUCGUGUAAACGCAGUGACCGAAGCGAAAAACGCCUUUCGUUUCUUUCGUAUUCUACUAUUUCUCCUACCUGAAAGGAUAUUUACGCGUGCCCCGCUAAGCAAAUAGCUGGGUAUGAUCGGUACAAGUGAAAAUCGUAAUCUGCUCGUGUGACUCGUACGAGACUGGUGCUCGCGCUUGGCCUUCCACGUUUGUGAUCGUACAACCAGAAGAAAAUUUGGGAUUAUCGCGUAUCGUGCAUCUCGUUUGCUUCUCGUCCAGUUGACGCACGUCGCGUCACACCGGCACCAGCCAUGACGGCGGAUAGCCUGUUCGAAACUACCAGCAUCCCAGGGCAUCUCGCUCCCACGCCUCAAAGGCUGGAGAGGCUUCUCUCGAAACAGACCCUCGAGGAGCUGUACGAGGUCGAGGAACAACCUUUCGCACGGGGUAAAUAUGCGACGGUGAGAAGAUGUCGGGAGAGAUCGAGCGGAAGACAGUGGGCUGCCAAGUUCCUGAGGAAGAGGAGACGAGCGCAGGAACUGAGGGCGGAAGCGCUACACGAAGUCGCGGUGCUGGAUGCCGCGGCUAAUUGCUCUCGCCUGGUGUCUCUUCAUCAAGUGUUCGAGACCAACACCGAGAUGGUGUUGGUGCUGGAAUUAGCUCCCGGUGGCGAGUUACAGAUGAUAUUGGACAGAGACGAAGUUCCGGAAGAGCGACAGGUUGCCAGACUGCUGAAGCAGAUUUUGGACGGAAUUGCGUUUCUGCAUUCCUUGAACGUGGCUCAUCUCGACAUCAAGCCUCAGAAUCUGGUCCUCACCGGCGAGUUUCCCGACUGCGACGUGAAGCUUUGCGACUUCGGGAUCUCGCGAUAUAUCAGUCACGGUGCGGACAUAAGGGAGAUCUUGGGCACGCCCGACUAUGUCGCGCCAGAGGUGUUAAACUACGAGCCGAUCAGCUUGGCGACGGACAUGUGGUCAAUCGGAGUUUUGCUGUACGUGUUGCUAACGGGAUGCUCUCCAUUCGGCGGCGACACCAAGCAGGAAACGUUCUGCAACAUUAGCCGAUGUCGCCUAGAUUUCCCCGACGACCUGUUCGAAGACGUGUCGGAAGAGGCGCGCGAUCUGAUGCGCAAGCUGAUGGUCAAGGAUCCAAACGAACGUUUGACCGUCACGGAAUGUCUUCAGCACUCGUGGUUCGCCAUGUUUGACGAUCCGCAGCCGCCUCUGUCGACGUCCAGUUGUCCAUCGUUGAACGGGACCGCGGCGGAAAACGAGUCGUCGAGCGAAAGCAAGACGACCUCGAAGCCCGUGUCGGCGCACACGGAAAACCUGUAUUCGAAGUCAAAGUUAUCGGCCAAGCCUGUUAGAUACGGACUGAGUUCCGAUCGCAGGGACACGUUCAAACGGAACAUGGAGUCGCUGGCGCAAAAGUUUUCCGGUACGGAAAUCGUGAUAAUCGAGCCGGUUUCCAGCGGUACGGGUGCAUCGACGAACGCGUCGACCGGAACUCAGAGGAGAGCCACGGCAACGCACACGAUGCCUGCCGGAGAAGUGUUCAAGUGCACGCCCGUGUUCAUUUUGGGCGAAGAGCAGCACUGCAGCGACAGCGGCAGCGACACCGUCUCCGAGAUCUCGACGGACAGCUCGAGCGAUCGGAGCAGCAUCUACUCGGACGACUCGCUGGACUUCAUUCUGUACGGAAAGAGUCAAAGCAGAGCCAGUUUCCCGUUCGCGAGCACGGACUCGUCGUCCGACAGAUGGGAACAGAGGCAUCAUCGCGCGAGGGCGUGGCCUAGGGAAUGCAACGGAGUUGUCAGCAAGGUUCUCAGUCGUUUCUCGUCGGAAACGACUAACACCAAGUUCAGCAAAGAGUCCAGCCCGCCGACGAUGCACGGAAAGACCGGAUUGGAAGCUCUUCGCGAGAGAGGCGGAAACUACGUAGUGAUCCGCGAGCCCGUCAGAGCUGGCAGAUACACCAGGUACAGCGAGGUACAGUGCGAGUCGGUGCAGGCACGGAUUCGACGGUUUCAGUUCCACGGAGCCUCGUAGACGCGACAGAGGAAGAGGACGGUGAUGUUUCACCCGCGAACGGCUUUCUCGAGCAGCUUCAAAGUCUCGGGUCCGCGAGAUUCGCGCGAUCCGUUGUACAUAUAAUUUUACGGUGUACAGUACAUAGUUUGAUAAUCCGCGUUACGAAGAAUCGGUAUCCGGUUAUGAGGCGAAAUCGGUGCGGAUGCGUUGGCUGUAAAUACAUAUGGAAAAGGCUCGUGCGAGGACGAGGGUACCGAUAUUUCGUGACGCGCCUUGUAAAUAAAUAUUCGGACGACCGAGAUUCUACGAGCGCGUCGAGUUUCGACGAUUUUAUCGUACGUAACGCGGGAGUGGAAGACAGGGAAAUUCCUUGGAUGUGUAAAUAAGAACGAUGCUAGUAGAGAUUUUGAAUGAACGAGCGAGAGGAUCGAGUGAUAAAGAAACGAGACGCAUCGUCUGGCAGCUCGUCGUCUGCCAUUACCGAUAGACUGACCUGAUCGGCCGUCCUUUCGAAUUAACACGUAAACAAUCGCCGCGAAUUUUGCACGAUCGACGCGCAUCGAGUUGCUCGCGAAACGAAACACUCCUCCGAUUCCCUCGAUUAUUACGAAAGCGGAAAAUGUCAGGCAUAUGUCAGACUCGCGAUCUCCUCGAGAAGGCGAUAUACGUUUAUGUCGAGCGAACGAAUGCGCGCCAAUAUUCCUUUUCUUUUACGAUCGAAUUUUAUCGAGGUCAGCGUAGAAGAAGCGUUUGUUCCCUUAACGUACUCUCGUUGUUCGAGGGGAGUUUGAUCGAUAAAAUCGGAGGAGCAACUGGAUGCCUCGAACGGGCAAUUUCGCGAACUUAGCCAUAGCGAUCGAUCGGGGCCGCGAUAGCAGUAAUCCGAAUUACCUGGAGGUCCGUUCGACGGAUCUCGUUAAAAUCGAAAUUCGAUAACUUCGGUGCCUUUAAUCGUAAGCGUUAAGAGAAUCGCGUGCAUAAUCCUAUCGCGGUCGGGUUACGUACCAGAGUAUACGCAUGUACGCGCGCAAUGAAAUAACGUGCGAUAUCGCGUCGGGAACUGGCGCGUUUAUCGAUACUUGUGCUUAUACGCGUAUACGCGUAUGUACGACCGCGAGCGCAAACGCACAUUCGUAGUGCCUACUUUUCUUUGUACCGUUCGCGUCACCGUGCAGUGUCUCGCGCACGACGGUGACGGUAACGACGAGUCGAAGAGAGAGAAGAGUCGGCGAACGAGCAAAGAAAUCUCUCCGUAUUGCACAGUGCCUUAAUCGUAUGGACCACUAUUUCACGAGUUGCGUCGUGAUCGAUCGAUCGAAAUUGAGAGCCUAGACUAGCUUUAGGCUUCUACAAUUCUUCUCGUUGGUUCGAUAGCGUCUUUCGAGGACGAUCGAUUCGACGUUACGAAUUCUCUCGAUCGCCGAAUACCGCGCGUUACGCCGCCACUGGAAGAACCUCGGUUUUUUAGAAGCUUUUCUUUUCCUCGUCGAUGCUGUUGUACAAGUGCCGUAAUCGUAGAGAUCUUUUAGAGAAUCAAUUAGAACGCGCGCGCGCGUUCGGAUAUACGUCUCAAGUACGCGAGAAACGGAAACUAUCAGGAGCUGCUCGAUCAUCGAACGAACUCGCGAUGUUUUCGACUCCGUGCAACCGCAACGAUCAAACGUACAGUUGUACGCGUAAACUAAUCGUAUGUAUACGUGUAAUUAAACGCGAAAGGAGCGAGCGCUCAAAAAUAUGGUGGAACCGAAACUUCCGUGAUCGAAGGAAGCGGUCCGUAUAUACUAGUCAUACGCGUUGCUCGUCCUCUUGUUCGAACCCGUUCGUUUCCCUCGUCGUACUUCGCGGUAUAAUCCCGUGACGAACCGUGCCUUUCGACGAAAGCACGAGGAUGGUAGCAGGAGAGACGAGAAGAUUCGAGGAGGAAAGACGAGCGUGUACCGACCGAAACGACGAAUCGCGCGUCGACGCUAACCAAGCCUUUUUCUAUCUUUCGCUGUCGUGGAUGCGGAAUACAAGAGGAGGAGCAGCAGGCAAAAAAGAGAGACAGAGAAGCUUAGAAAUGCGAUCGAUCGAAUAACAACCUCUCGUUAUUUCGUGGAGCUUAACCUCGUAGAUCGAGGAGGGGUCGGUAUCUUCAAAUGUUUAAUUCCACGAUCGAAUUGUAUCGAAGACGUUCGCGGAAAUUCCAAGACGUACGCGGCGACAUCGAGACGCACCAUGAUGAGAACGGGAAUGCGCGCGAUGAGAGCGGGUGAAAACGCGAGGAUGCGUGGUUGCAUGGUUGCGUGAUUUCAUGGUUUCAUGGUUGCCUCUGAUAAUCAAAGAAAACAUCAUCGAGACCUGUAUACUACAUAGUUGGAUUAACGCGGUAGAGAAGGGCGUGCAUCCGAGUUAAUCGUUUUAUCAUUUCUCCAGACAAAUUCGUCGUUAUUUAUUUUCGCCUAUUUUUUGGCCAAUAUUUAUAAUUAUUUACAUUCGUAUUUUAUUAAUUUUGAUCUUUGAGCCUCGCAACGGAGCCAUGUAUUGCUCUACCUUUUUUUUCUAACUCGGAUACAGCCUGUUCCCCAACUUAUUCAACUAUCAUCCCGUCGUCGUCGUCGUCAUCAUCAUCGUCAUUAUUGUCAUCGUUAUCAUUGCUCUCAUUCUUAUAAUUCUUAUGAUUUAUUAUUAUUAUUAUUGUUAUUAUUAUUAUUAUUAUUAUUAUUACUAUUAUUAUUAUUAUUAUUAUUAUCAUCACCACUGCUACGUUAUCGCUGUAACGUUUAUUAAUACCGAGGUUAAUUGCGACGAGAAGAAUCGCGCGUAUAGGCGUUAAGAUCUUAUGUACAUAUCUCUGUCAUUGUAUUAAUUUUAAUAACGUGCGAAAUAAAAUGCCGCAAAUCAUUCGAAA